AUGCCUCGUCUCUCUGUGCCUACCAAAGCCCGUCUCCCGUCAUCGUUGCGGGUGGAUGCGUCAAGCACGCUUGUUGUGAAGCUCUUGAACCGCCUCUCCCGCCCGUCUCUACUGUCACUGGUCCUCGAUUGGCUCGCCGAUAGCAAUCAGACCCUAUGUCCGCCCCUUCUACGAUAUAGGCCCGAUGAUGGAGAGGAUAACGACGAUUUCUAUCCUCUGACGGGGUCUCUGGAGGCUCUGCGGGAGCUCUAUACCGACAUGCAGACCGCCAAGGGCAGCAGGAGAGACGUCGUCGAUCGCGUUGUCGAGGGCGACUGGCGCAAUGGCCUAACGCUCUACCAACUAGCCAUGGCAGACCUCCAGUAUCUGUACGACCACCCGGGGUCCCUGAAAUGGACCGCCUACAGGAUACAGCGCCUGAGGAUGCCGUCCAGUGAGGAGGACGCCGAAGCCGCUGGGAAGGUGGACGCAGAAUCCCUGACCAUUCCGCGAUUCCACCCCUCUACAUUUCUACAGAACCUACAAGCAGAGGUAUUGCCAGAUGUCAAAGCCCACUACAACUUUGACCGGCCAAAGGACCUCGCCCUCCUGCUCCUCCGCAUCUUCAUCCUCGACUCGCCUUACAACACCGGCUUGGCGAUACCCAGCCGCACCGGCGAGCGCGCCACAUCCAGCUUUGACGCCUCGCAAACCAUAUACAUCGCGUUCCCCGACGCGUCGCCACAUAUAUACAUAUCAAAGUCACAGAGCACGGGCGCCACCACUACCGGGGACUUCAAGAGCCUCCGCAGUCUCAUCGUCGAGGGCAUUCCCAAAGCACUAUCACGUCCGCGCGAGCGGUACACCUUGAAAUCCACCAACCUGUCGUCCAAGAAUCUUGCUGGCCUGCUGAGCGUCAAGGGUGCCGGGCGAGGCAACGCGGCCGGUGGCGGAUGGGGUUUCUACGCCGAGGACGACAAGAAAGACUCACCGCUGAACCCGGUUCUACCGACACCGCCCCUGUCCGACUCAUCCUCGGCCGAGGAAGCCAGCCGGACCACGAAGCGGAAGAGGUCGUUCAAUCCACAGGCAGAAAAAGCCGAACGGGAGGCCAAGCGCCGCCAGCUCGUGGCCAAGGCCCGUUUCGGCAAGUCGGCCAGCAUAGACGACGGUAAGGGUGUCGAGAGGGUCGAUAUCCUGCUCGAGGACCCGUUUCCCAACGGCCCCGCAGCCUUGCCUGAAGACGAAGAUACUCCGCAGGUUCGGCGGUCGCGGCGAUCGAAGGGCCGGCGGAGCGGUGUCCAUCUCGAGCUGGAACAAGCGCGGGACGGCGACGAACACGACGACGAAGCCGGCGGCACGGAGGGCGCGUGGCGGCCAGGUGUCCGGCUCGCUUUCCAUGGUACCCACGUCUUCGCCGGGAUUAGGCAACUCGUGGAGGCGGGGAUCAUUGACGGCGAGCGCAUGCCCGCCUGGAUGACUGGCGAGGAGGGCAUCACAAUUGGCGCUGUACGAUACGGGAGGGUUAGGGGUAACAAGGGGUCGGGCCUCUAG